CAAAGGCCUAAAACUUACUUAGUUGAUUAGUAGAACUCCUUACUAACUGCUUAGUUACUCGAUUCCUCUAUACCUAUUUUAUGUGUCACAUAAUACUCAGUGAGUCAGUGACCACGACUCGUGUGGCCCACUAUGGUUGCUGAAAUUACAGGAUCACUCAUAGAGAUAAGAGAAGAAGAAUUACAGAGAGAAAAUGAGGGGGGUCUACUACAGGACUAACAAACAGAUUUUUUUCUUCCCUUUUUAUCUCUUCUCCAUGCCCGUGACUCCAUACUAUCUCUCUGUCUCUCUGUGUGUAUUUUUAUGUUUUUUUUUCUUUUUCUUUUUAUAAAUCUUGAUUGGAUAUUUUCUUGUGUUUCUGGGAUAAGCCAACUCAUGAUAAGUAAAAAUCUUGGGAUUUGUGUAUUCAAAUCUUUUCAAAUAGAGUACACGUACUAUAUAUGUACCUCUCUGUUUGUGUUCUACACUUCCACUUUCUUGAUUGAGCAGAGUCUCUGCCUUCUUUUAUGAAUUCAAGGUUGAUUUUUUAUCAAGUUUUGCAAGUUUUAAAAAACUGUUUCUGGGAUCCUCUUAUUCCAUUCCAUUACUUAUUUUAAUCUUGUUUCAAUUUUUUAUAAGAUUCCAAAAAGUCGGCACUUUUUAGGGUUUAGGGGUUUUCUUGCUUUUCUUUAUGCCUCUGAAACCAAUAGCAAACUCUUUCUCCAUUGAAUUCAACAAUUUCCUUGAUCAGGGGAAUUGGGUUUUCUGAGUUUCUUCCAUUUCAUCUCAAUUUCUGAAGAUUAUUACCUUUUUUGGGUUCUUUCAUGAAUUUUGGGGUGAAUUGAGUUUCUUGGAGUCUCAAAAAUGUCAUCUUGUUUAAGUGGAGGUACAGGAAGAGCUUAUGGAUUUGAUAUCGAAAAUAUUGUGAAAUGUCCAUCAACAACUUCUAGUAGAACUUCUCAUUCAUCUUCUCCAUCUUCAACUCUCUCUGAAUCAAGCAAUUCUCCAAUAGCAAUCUCCAAUCGGAAACCACGAACUCCUCGAAAAAGACCCAAUCAAACUUACAAUGAAGCAGCUGUUCUUCUUUCGAUAGCUUGUCCCAAAGUUUUCUCAACUAAAAACCUUACAAAGAAGAACAAUAAUCUUUCGAAAUUCACUAGACAAAAUAGCAUUUCUAUGCAUGAGCCACCGGAGUUGCUUUUACCAUUUCCAAUGAUAAAAAACUCCGGUUUCCUCCUUCAUCAGCCAAUUUUGGAGAAACCCAGUUCAGUGUUUGACUCAAAACUGGCAAGUUCUUGUCUGAGUCCAAGGGAAACCGAAUACCGGAAUUGUAAUUCCGGUUCGAAUUCCAUGGAAUUGUGUGAUGGGUUUGAAGAUAACUUCGAUACAGAGUCGAUGCUUGAUGAAGAAAUUGAAGAGGGGAUUGAUAGCAUCAUGGGGAGCUCGAACUCCACAAUCCAAAACUACAAAUCAUCUGAUAAUUUUUCUCCAAAUUCGAAAACUUGUUAUGGGUACCCAAUGGGGCUCGGAUUUGGUGGGAAUUUGGAGUUUAAUUUUGGUUUCGGAAUGAGGAAUGGAGUGAGGGCAUUGAAGAAUGGUGAUGAUGGGAAUUGGUGGAAUUUUCCCACGGUGAAUGUGGUGAACGUUUCGCCACCUGUGGCGGCAGCAAUAGUGGCUCCGGGAAAGGUAAAGAAAGCUCCGGUGGAAAAGAAGAAGAAGAAAAUUGAGGAAUUGAUGAAGAGGUCGGAAUCGGAUUUGGAGCAGGGGAAUUCGAAUCAAGGAGAGGAGAAUUCCUGUCCUGAAAUUGGGUCCAGAUUGCUAUUGAAAUUGAAUUACGACGACGUCUUGAAUGCUUGGUCUGAUAAAGGUUCGCCGUUGCCGGAGGAAAUUUCCGGGUCGGAGUCUCCUGGAGGUGACAUCCAUGCCAGAUUAGCCCAAAUAGACCUAUUCUCAGAAAAUGGUGGAUUAAGAGAAGCCUGUGUAAUGCGUUACAAAGAGAAAAAACGAACACGCCUUUUCUCCAAAAAAAUUAGAUACCAAGUCAGAAAGGUCAAUGCAGAUAGACGGCCUAGAUCCAAGGGGCGUUUUGUCAGAAGGCCAAACUCUCCCACUUGUGAGGACACAUGACACCAAUUUACGACCCUCAUCUUUUGUUGAUCACUUACUGGGUCCUUUUUUCUUGUCCUUUUUACAAUUCCAGAUCUUACUUUGCUUUCUUUUUGCGAUAAUGUAGUCUUCCUUGAAGAGAGGUGAGAGUAGUUAAGAAGAGAAAUGGAUAGGAAUGAGGUAGUAAAGAGAGAAUUCCACAUUUUUGUAAUCUAUAAUUCAAUUGUAAGGUUUGUUCUUUUCAUAUAUAUAGAGAAGAAAACGAAAUAUUAAUAAUUUAAUUCUAUACAUG